AUGCGUAGCAUCCAGCUUCUUCUUUUCGUUGGGGUAAGACGAGAUCAAAACGGCGUGACAAGUGAAAUCUCUCUCUCUCUCUCUCUCUCUCUCUCUCUCUCUCAAUCUCUUUCUCUUUCUCUCUCUCUCUCUCUCUCUCUCUCUCUCUCUGUGUGUGUGUGUGUGUGUGUAUCUAUCUAUCUAUCUAUCUAUCCAUUUCCCUUUCUCAGCCUUUCCGUCCUGGCCUGCCCCUCUCUCUCUGUCUCUCUGUCUCUGUCUCUGUCUCUCUGUCUCUGUCUCUCUCUCUCUCUGCGACCUGCUCGUCACCACUUUUCUUGUACAUCAAGCAGCAAACAAUAUUCAAUUCCUAAACCCCCUCCCUCCCUCCCUCUCCCUCUCUCUCUCUUUCUCUCUCUCUCUCUCAUUUGUUCGCAGGGUAAUGAAAACAUGCACAAGGACAAAUCAAAUACCUUGUUUACAACAGUGGUCCUGGCACAUUAG